UCUCCUCUCUUUCUAAAGAAACUAUAUUGCUUACAUUUCUCCUCUUCUUCUUUCUUUCUUUCUUCUCCUUCCUCCAUUGAUGCUAUAAUUACUUAGCAUGCGUUAAUGUCCAGAGAAAGGUAAAAAUCAAAUCAGACAUAUAUAAAUCUUUCUUUAUGAUCUUUUGAGAUUUAUGAUCAAUCAACUUGGUGUUGGUGGUGGUUUGAAAUAAUGAAUGGAAACAACAACAGGGAAGGAUUUGGAGAGUACUACGAGAUCGUCAAGAAGAUAAAGAAAGAUCCAACUUUCGAAACCACGACGGAUCAUGCCGUGAUGGGCAUCAGAAGACAUGUGGCCGUGCCUCCGGGGACGACGUUGAACACCGUUACCCCAUGCGCCGCUUGUAAGCUCCUCCGCCGUCGUUGCGCCGAGGAGUGUCCUUUCUCUCCUUACUUCUCUCCCCACGAGCCUCACAAGUUCGCCGCCGUUCAUAAAGUCUUUGGAGCUAGUAACGUUUCUAAGAUGCUUCUGGAAGUAGGAGAGAGCCAAAGAGGAGACGCAGCGAACAGUUUAGUGUACGAAGCAAACCUUAGACUGAGAGAUCCAAUCUACGGCUGCAUGGGAGCAAUCUCAGCUCUUCAACACCACAUUCAGUCUCUUCAGACCGAACUCACGACCGUUCGUACAGACAUCCUCCGUUACAAGUACCGAGAAGCCACAACCAUCACUUCUCUCCAAAACAACAACAGCUUCAACAACACUACAACAACAUCAUCAUUGAGCUGUGAUCAUCAUCAUGGUCUAGCCUCGGCGAUUCUCCUCCCACCACCACCUCCACCUCCUCCUCCCCCACGACCACCAAGGUUGUUGUCCUCUCACUCUCAUCAGCCUGCUCCACCGCCUACUCCACCGGCUUCUUUGCCGUCUCCGUCUAUGGUGUUGUCGUCUUCGUCUUCUUCAAAUUCAUCAGCCACCAAUUCUAUGUAUAACCCUCCUCCGUCUUCGGCGGCUGGAUACAGCAAUUCUAUGUCCAGUGAUAAUAAUGUUCAUUACUUUGAUUAAAUCAGAAUUAUGUGUUUGUUAAUUCUGUGUUUUUAUACAUUUUUUAUAUACUAUUUUAUUCUUAAUUCUUAA